GACGGAGAAAAGAAUCUGGAGUUGUUGCCACAUAAACAGCCAAUCAAAAAGUAGAUUUGAAGUCUCCUGAUUUGCAUAAAAUGUUUCUACUGGCUGAUUUGCUCCAAUCAGGCAUUAAGACAGAUUAAGCCGCUAUUUGCAUACAAGCCAUAUAAAAGUAGGCCAACCCUGCGCUCAGCUUUCACUCUAUUAGGUUUCCGUGUCCGAGCGUCGCUAUGCCCGAGCCCGCCAAGUCGGCCCCGGCCCCGAAGAAGGGCUCCAAGAAGGCGGUGACCAAGGCGCAGAAGAAGGACGGCAAGAAGCGCAAGCGCAGCCGCAAGGAGAGCUACUCGGUGUACGUGUACAAGGUGCUGAAGCAGGUGCACCCCGACACCGGCAUCUCGUCCAAGGCCAUGGGCAUCAUGAACUCGUUCGUCAACGACAUCUUCGAGCGCAUCGCGGGCGAGGCGUCCCGCCUGGCGCAUUACAACAAGCGCUCGACCAUCACGUCGCGGGAGAUCCAGACGGCCGUGCGCCUGCUGCUGCCCGGGGAGCUGGCCAAGCACGCCGUGUCCGAGGGCACCAAGGCCGUCACCAAGUACACCAGCUCCAAGUGAACUUGCCAAGAGGACCCUGGAGCUUCCUGGUGCAACACAACUGAAUUAUAAAUAUUGGCAAUACUUGCUUCAGUUGAGAAGAAGAUAAAAUGAUACAACUCUAGUUAGAAUCACAUUUUCCACUUCAGAUGAACAGGGCUCAACACUAUUGGGAAUCCCAAUCGAGCUAGGUGCAAUCAGCGCAAGGCUUGGGAGAUGAAGAAAACACGUUGGAAAGUGGAGGAAGGCCUCCAUGGUCAGACUCACGGCCUGUGAAUAAGGUCAGGCUGGGUUUGGAAUCCAGUGACAGCCCACUGGUUUUAAUGUACAUUCCAGGUCUGACCAUCUGGUAUACAAGUUCAAGUCUUACCUGCCUCAGUUCUGGCUUUUAUGCUGUCUUUUAUCUUGGUGGAUUUUCUCAACUCAUUCAACUCAUUUUCUCAAUGCAUUCUUUAUGAGCUGAACCUCUAUAAAAGUCAGUCUUGCCUUUUGUGCAAAAAAGCUCUGUUCUCUCAUUUCGAGAUACCCUGAUAUGUUCCUCAAAGCCUUCCAUGUCUGAAAUGCCUACCUCACUCAACUGGAUGUAUCAUUCAAUCAAAGCACAAAGGUGAACCAGGCAUGUUCUCUGUUAUCUAGGACAUGAAAUAUUAUUUCAUAGAAGAAAUAAUGUACACAACUACAGAACAGCAAUAAAAUAUGCUUAAAAUUGGAGGGAUUUGAGGCCCACUACUUGGGCUGAAAUUUGUUUCGUCGUUUACCAGCUGGGUGACCUUAGGCAUUAAGCAGAACCACUCUGUUGACGUACUCUUUCUUCUGAAAAAUGAUGACAGUGAUUAUUUAGAACCUCAGAUCUCUUACUUUUUAUUUUAAAUAAAUUACCACAUAAUUUAUACACUGUCCUCAACUACCGGUGUCCUUGAAUCAGGCUGGCAGUCCUCCAUGAGAUUAACACUCAUCUAUUCCUGCCUUUUCCUCUUGGAUCACCAUCCGAAUUGGGUAUGCUCAGGAACCUGGACUCAUACUUUUAAAAAAUAUUAAAAACAUGUGAAUCAAUACUGAAUUUACCUAGCAACUCCAGCUUGAGAAAACAGAAGACCCUGGUUCUAACUAGUUGGUUAUCAGACCUGUGGCCAUGACCCUGAGUUUGUUCCCAACUUAGGAUCUGUUCAGUCAUCACUGUAGCUUCUCUGUGGAAUGAUCUUCUCACAGGUGUGUGCAGACCUGUCUCCCUCCCAGGCGUCCCACCUCUGCUCAGUGGCAUCUAAGUAGUGAAGUUCCCCCCACACACACAUUUAAAACAACCCUCCACCACCCAUUGCUCCCACUCCCUGGCAGUCCUUAAUCUUCUUGGCCUGAUUUCUUAAUCUCUUUAAUCUCUUUACCUACAAAAAUACUGUUUUUAUUUCCUGUUUCCCACAACCAG